UUAGACGAAUCGACCACGUGGAUGACGACGACCGCCGGCCAUGAGGUCGCCCUUGGCGAGGCGGCCUCAAGGAGGACCAUACUCCCCCACUCUGGGGUCAGUCUUGGGAGGCUGGCUCGGGGUGGGGUCGACGCCCGAGGCAGAAAAGCGGGGGUCAGCGCUGUGAGGCUGGCCCACUCCACGAACAACACCGGGGUCGCCCUUGGCGAGGCGGCCUCGAGGAGGACCAUACUCCCUUGCCCUGGGGCCAGUCCUGUGCGGCUGGCUCAGGGUAAGGUCGACGCGCAGGGUGUGGAAGGAGAUGUGAGGAUACCCCGUGACUCCACCAGCACCACCGGGGUCGCCCUUGGCGAGGCGGCCUCGAGGAGGACCAUACUCCCUUGCCCUGGGGCCAGUCCUGUGCGGCUGGCUCAGGGUAAGGUCGACGCGCAGGGUGUGGAAGGAGAUGUGAGGAUACCCCGUGACUCCACCAGCACCACCGGGGUCGCCCUUGGCGAGGCGGCCUCGAGGAGGACCAUACUCCCUUGCCCUGGGGCCAGUCCUGUGCGGCUGGCUCAGGGUAAGGUCGACGCGCAGGGUGUGGAAGGAGAUGUGAGGCUACCCCGUGACUCCACCAGCACCACCGGGGUCGCCCUUGGCGAGGCGGCCUCGAGGAGGACCAUACUCCCUUGCCCUGGGGCCAGUCCUGUGCGGCUGGCUCAGGGUAAGGUCGACGCGCAGGGUGUGGAAGGAGAUGUGAGGAUACCCCGUGACUCCACCAGCACCACCGGGGUCGCCCUUGGCGAGGCGGCCUCGAGGAGGACCAUACUCCCUUGCCCUGGGGCCAGUCCUGUGCGGCUGGCUCAGGGUAAGGUCGACGCGCAGGGUGUGGAAGGAGAUGUGAGGCUACCCCGUGACUCCACCAGCACCACCGGGGUCGCCCUUGGCGAGGCGGCCUCGAGGAGGACCACACUCCCUUGCCCUGGGGCCAGUCCUGUGCGGCUGGCUCAGGGAAAGGUCGACUCGACAAACGAGAGGAAGGAGGCCAGUGCUACGAGGCCGGCUACCGACGAUACUAGACGCCCCGAGGUCGCCCUUGGCGAGGCGGCCCCGAGAGGGACCUCUACUGGGACCACCUUCGGCAGGACAAACCCGGGGACCAGGAAUGUGAAAGUGGUCCCUGAUGAGAUGAUCACCAUCAGCGACGACAGCCCCGAGGACGACCCGGAUAUGUUGGCUCCAAGGACGACCCCAUCUAGGACGCCGUUCUACAGCUUUACAUCGAGGGUCGGCCCAGGCGACUUAAUCAGAUCAGCUGGCGGAAUCGGCUUAAGCGACCAGACCAAUAAGCCCAGAUUGGCGGGCGCUUCACACCUGAGGUCCGGCUCGACGCCCGCGGAUCGGGGGGUCGGCACCAGCGACGCAAGCCCCGGGGUCGGCUCCAGCGACACUAGCCCUAAGGCUGACUCCACCAACAAACAAUUAAGGGCUGGAGCAGGCAAUACACCCCUGAGGGCAGGCCCUGGCAGUACCAGGACAUACACCACUGGGGCCAACCCCAGCGACGACUCCCAGACAGCCAUAGUUGCGGAGACUGGACCAGGGGUCGGCGCCAGCGACGUUCGCCCAGGAACACACUACACACGAAAACCCGGUAGGAUUGGGGCCGGCAAUUCACCCCUGAGGGCCGGCAAUACACCCCUGAGGGCCAGCAAGACACCCCUGAGGGCCGGCCCUGGCUCCACCAAGAUUUCCACCACUAGGGCCGACCCCAGCGACAACUCCCAGACAGCCACAGGCCAGGUGACGGUUUUGGGGGUCGGCGUCAGCGACGAACGAGACUUCUGGGAUAGCCCUGUCUCCCAAAGACCCCGGAACAGGCGCUAUACAUUCAGGAGGGUCCAGAAUGAAUCCGACAGCAGCAAUGACAGCCAGGAUGCCCUAACAAUGAGCCAGGAGAUCAACGGGCUCCUGAACCAAGUGAGGAACGGAACCCCUGGAGGAAUAAUCGAUCAGAAUAAUACACAAAGACCCCCCAACCGUGGGUCCCCUGCCCCUGGAGAAGAGAACAACGCGAACAGGGCAGCCCCUGACACCCCAAGUGCGGACCAACAGCCACAAAGACAGGGAACAACCCUCAUCAUUUGGUUCCCACUACCGAGACACUUCAAGUGCACUGAGACCGCCUGCCCCCACGUCCACUCAGGGAAAUCAUGGACGUGUCAAAGAGUUUCCCUAGUGAGACACCUGAGUGGUGGCCACAACAUUAAGAUCGGGCAAACAAAAUACAAGUGUGCAGGGUGCAGAAAAACGUUGGGACUAAGACCGUCCACCCACUCAUGUGCUCGGCUUCAAGGUAUUAUGGCAGCAAGACAAGAUGACAGCGUCCAGUUAGCGUUCCCAUGUAACAGACCGAAUUGCGACUUUUCAUGCAAUUCAGUCAUAGGGAAAAUGAGUCAUGAGCUGUACCACGUGAGACGAACAGGCCCGGAGCGACGGAACGACAACCAACAGGACCCAGACGGAAGGGAGCCACCCCGCACCCAAGCACCUGACCCAGCACCUCACCGCCCUGACACCCUACCCCCCCCACCCACCAACCCCACUCCACCACCACCCGCAUCACCUAUUCCUUUAUCCCCAGUACCAUCCCCCACCCCCUCACCCCCACCACCACCACCCGCAUCACCUAUUCCUUUAUCCCCAGUACCAUCCCCCACCCCCUCACCCCCACCAAUCCUACCCCCUCUCCAGCACCCACAGCCUCACCGACCACCCCCCCCUCUAUCACCCAUUGUGAUACAGGUUCCUUUCCCCCAACACCCCUCUCCUAUCUACCCUGAUCCCACAGGGCGUGAGGACGAAGACCGGGCCUCCCCAGAGGCGAGCGGCGAGGACGACAAUGAAGACCACGGGGGUGAUGUGUCUCAAAUACUUGACAACGGUGAUGAAGCGGUACGGCUAGAUCAAGAACCAGACGAGGCCGACCAACAAGAACUGCAACCAGAUGAGGCGACCCAAGACUGGGCACUAGAACCCUUCUACGCUCCCCUGCUGGCACUGCUACGCUCCCCGGACUGGGACGAGUUCUCGAGCCUCCUGAAUGAAAUUACAGAAGCGGUCCAAGCCCACUGCAACAUCCGGAUAGACGAGAGUAGACCAGCCCCCCCAGCCAUCGAUGUCAACAACUGCAAGGCGAUCCAACGCCUUUACAGAAGGAACAGACGAAGGGCAGUGAGGCUGAUCACAUCAGGAGAAAGUCGCCGCUGUGAGAUCCCCUGUGAGACCAUAGAGAGGCAUUUCUCAGAGGUCCUAGCCGCUCAACCACCAAUAGAAGACCCAGCCACACUCCAGUCCAUACCGGAAGCACAGGAAGAUCGCGCUGAAAUUAAUCUGGACCCAAUUAGAGAAGGGGAAGUGGGGGUUAGGCUGAUGAGAGCUGAAAACAGCGCCCCUGGGAAUGACAGAAUCACCUACAGACACUGGAAACAGGCUGACCCUGACUGUAAGGUGAUAGCGGCGAUAUUCAACAUCUGCCUGCAACAGAAAAAGAUCCCCCAGGACUGGAAAACGUCAAGAACCAUCCUCAUUCCCAAGGAUGGUGACCCACACGACAUCAAUAAUUGGCGGCCCAUUGCUCUGUGUAGGACAAUCUACAAGCUAUACACAGGAGUUCUGGCCGCAAGACUGAGGAGAUGGAUUGAGCAAAAUCAGGCCCUGUGCUCUGCGCAAAAAGGAUUUAUGGCAUCAGACGGGGUCCUUGAGCACAAUUACAUCAUCCAGCACUACCUUGACGAGGCACGAGACAGCAACAAAGAGAUUUGCAUUGCGUCACUUGACCUCACAAACGCCUUUGGUUCCGUGCCAUUAGAACUCAUCGACGCCUCCCUCACACGGAUGGGCGUGGGAGCAGACUUUGUCACGGUGAUCCAGGGCAUUACAAGAGGAAAUUCCACCAAGAUUCAAACGGCGAGUGGUGAAACAAAUGAUAUCCCAGCUGAUUGCGGGGUCAGACAAGGAUGCCCCAUCAGUGGCUUAUUGUUCAACAUCGCAAUUGAACCUAUAGUGAGGUCCAUCAUCAACACCGGACUACAAGCAGACCCAGGUCUCAAGCAUCCCUGCCUUGCCUACGCAGAUGACAUAACCCUGCUCUCCAGGACAGCGGAAGGCCUACAGAACCUCAUCAACAUCACCUCUGCAGCCUGUGAAGAGUUGCACCUAAAACUCAACCCAAGGAAAUGCUCGUCAAUGCACAUGUCUGGACGACAACCAAGGGGAAUGCGAAACUCCAUAUUUACAAUAGGGGAAUCGCAGAUUUGCAGCAGACGAGAUGGGGAGGAAACCAAAUUCCUAGGUAGACCGGUAGGUUUCCACCUCCUCCCGAACGCAAACGCAAUCGAUGAGUUCAAGCAACUAGGCGUAGCCAUAAUGUCAAGUAAAUUGGCUCCCUGGCAGAGGAUCGAUGCCCUGAAGUCCUUCGUCUUCCCAACAACGGUGUUCGCCAUGAGAACUUGGCAACUGAGAAAGGGAGACUGGCAGGAACUUGAUGACCGUUUAAGACCACUAAUAAAAGAAACUCUAUACCUGCCACAGCGGGCAACCAAUGGCUACCUGUACGGAAAGAGUGCAGCAGGCUCGUGCGGCAUACCCCUCGCCGCAGAAGACUCUGACAUAUUCGUCAUAGACUCCGCAUUCAAACUUCUCACCACGCCGGAUCUAGAAACGAGGAAUAUUGCCAGGGACGACUGCAAGAGAGUAACGUCGCGAAGAAUUCGCCAAGAAGCAACUCUGGAAAAUGUAUGCCAGUAUCUCUCAAAAGACGACUUGGAACAAAGACCCUCUGGACAUGAGACGCUCUGGUCAAGAGCCCGCAACUCGUCAGGAAGGUUGAACACCAAGUGGUCUACAGACGGAGAUGCAUUGGAAGUCUGUUGUGGGGAGAGAACUAUGACUCACAAAGAAAGAAGGUUGGUCGCAAGGAACAUCAGAAACCAUCACAGAGGCCUUCGCGACGACGACCUGAGAAGUAAACCUGACCAGGGGAAAGUCAUGGAGCAAGUUGGGAGGGAGAGGGCUUCGUCUGCAUUUAUUAGGGACGGGGCUUUUACAACCUUUGCUGACUGGCGUUUCAUUCACAGGGCACGACUGAAUCUUCUACCCCUAAACGGAGCCCGCCGGUUCAACAUCAACGGAGACCAACGGUGUAGGAGAUGUCGCCACCAGAACGAGACGCUACCCCACGUCAUCAACCAUUGCCUGAGGCUGUCAAAUGCGAUGAUCCAGCGACACAACGCGCUGGUCGAUCGUAUCCUGAAGGCCUCAGAAGGAAGACACUGGAAGAUCAUUUCCACUAACCGGCAAGUUCCAGGAACGAACAAUGUACUAAGACCAGACAUUGUUCUAGAAAAAAACGGAGAGGUGAUGCUGAUUGACGUCACUUGCCCCUUCGAAAACGGACCAGACGCCUUCGCAGAAGCUAGACUAGGCAAAGAAGAAAAGUAUGCAGAGCUAGCAGCGACAAUGAGACGGACCUACAGGCAGGUCACUGUAUAUGCCUUCAUUGUAGGAUCACUCGGGUCAUACGACCCUAAGAACGACAAACCAAUGAACAGGCUGGCCUCUAGAAGAUAUCAGAGGCUGUUUAGGAGGCUAUGCGUGAGCGACACCAUCCGGUGGUCACGGAUGAUGUACAUAGAGCACAUCACAGGCGCUCGACAAUACUAGUUUACAUGUCUGUACCUUUUUCUCAUUUCAGAAUAUCAAUUUGUAUAUUACAUCUGUUUUGAGUUUUUUAAUGGCAGACGGCACAAUGUAAAUAAAGAUCCCUUAACAACUAUGUAUGAAAAUGUAUAUUGUAUUCUAUGUACACCAAUGUAACUAUGUACCCAUGCACCCUUGUGAAGACACAAGGCUAUUGUAAGCAAUAUGUAAAACAUUCGUCAAUAAAAAAUUAAAUCUGU